CUUCAAGAAGCUAUGAUAGUGAACCAAGCAAUCAUGAAUCUAGAGGUCGUGGUAUAGGUCGUGGUAGAGGCUGUGGUGAUGAACCAAGUAACCGUAAAUCUAGAGGUCAUGGUAGAGGUCAUGGUAGAGGCCGUAGUGAUGAACUAAGUAACCGUGAAUCUAGAGGUCGUGGUAGAGGUCGUGGUG